AUGCUUCGAUCACUUCACGUAUUCCUAUUCGUCAUUCUCAUUUCCAUUGUCUCAGCCGGAUAUCAGACUGUGAGAGUCUACGGAAAGCUGACUUGCAAGGGACAACCGUAUGGAGGAGCAAAAAUCAAGUUGUACGAUCAUGACACUUUCACUCUCGAUGACAAAUUGGCGGAGGGUCGCUCGAAUGCCGAUGGAACGUUCGAUUUGGAGGGAAUGGGAAAUGAGAGGACACGGCUUAAUGUAAAGAUGAACAUCUAUCACAGAUGUGACAAAACGAUCCCUCUCUGCUACUACAAACACUCGUUCCCCAUCCCCUACUCGUACAUUUCCGCUGGACCAAGGGCCACCAAUCCGUACAACGUGCAAACUCUCGAACUCUCAAUGAUUGAGAAGGAACGCGAUUGCUUCAACAAGAAA